UCUCCCCGCCCCAACUGCUCCGUUUCCUGUUUCCGGUCGCUCUUCCAUCACUUCCGCUGCCGUUGCUGCGACACCGGACGUCAACAUCAAUGGCGGACAAGGAGAAACGCCGGCCCGGGGCUGCUCCUCCUGGGAUGCCCGAGUGCAAAGCCACCAAGUCGGACAGCGACAGGGAGUUUCUGUUGCAGGCGGGUGUCGGGGAGCUGCUCCGCGGCGCCAUCUUGAAGAUGGUGGAGGCCAGGUCGGAAGAUCCCAUCGGCUUCCUCGCAGACCACUUCUGCAACCUCGCCUCCAUGACGGAGAGCGGCUCGGCCGGAGGCUGCGACGCGGAGCCGCUGAGCAACGCGCCGCUGAGUGCAGGCGCCCAGGAGCAGCAGCAUCUCAACCGGGCGCUGUGGCACCUGCGGCUGGCGCACCACUCCCAGAGAUCUGCCUUCAGCAACAACGUCCGCGUGGCCUACGACCUCCUCAACCUCACUGGGCCCCAAAGACAUCCAGGUGAGGCUCCA